CUGGGCGCGGUAAACGCAGGGACGCGGCGCACUGGGGGACGCGGCCAGGCGCCCAUGGCGUUCGCGCUGCUGCGCCCCGUCGGUGCGCACGUGCUGUACCCGGACGUGAGGCUGCUGAGCGAGGACGAGGAGAACCGAAGCGAGAGCGACGCGUCCGACCAGUCGUUCGGCUGCUGCGAGGGCCUGGAGGCGGCGCGGCGCGGCCCGGGUCCCGGGGGCGGGCGGCGGGCGGGCGGCGGCGCCGGCCCGGUGGUGGUGGUGAGACAGCGGCAGGCGGCCAACGCGCGGGAGCGGGACCGCACGCAGAGCGUGAACACGGCCUUCACGGCGCUGCGCACGCUCAUCCCCACCGAGCCGGUGGACCGCAAGCUGUCCAAGAUCGAGACGCUGCGCCUGGCGUCCAGCUACAUCGCACACCUGGCCAACGUGCUGCUGCUGGGCGACGCGGCGGAGGACGGCCAGCCUUGCUUCCGUGCGGCGGGCAGUGCCAAGAGCGCGGCUCCUGCCACCCCCGACGGCGGCCGCCAGCCGCGCUCCAUCUGCACCUUCUGCCUCAGCAACCAGCGCAAGGGGGGUGGCCGUCGUGACCUUGGGGGCAGCUGCUUGAAGGUGAGGGGGGUGACCCCCCUACGAAUGUCAAGGAGAUGAACCUGGACCCCUGUGCCACUUGCUCCAAGCAGGACCCUGGAGAAGGAAGCCAGCGGCCAGCAAAGACCCCAAGAGCUCCACCCAGUCCUCUUUUGUGUGGGGACCGGAGGACAAUGACCUGGGCCCAUGACCUUCUGGGCAGGCCCUUUGGGACAGCUCCACCCCACGCUGAGGAGCUGUGAGGACUCAUCCAGCAGGCCCCAACCCUGGCUGGUCAGAGAUUGGGCAGAACUUUUGGAAAAACAAAGACUAUUGGUGACAGAGAAUGUGUGCAUG